AGCGACAACACAUCUAUUUAAAGUUACCUGCCGGCUGUUUAAUGUUUCCAUAAAACACCUUGUUAACAACAGGAGGAGCUGGGAGUCCUGACUGGAAGAAUCACUGAGGCACAAUGGAAAAACGCCUUUGAAAUGUUGAUAGCUGGUUAUUCCUCUCUUUCACAGUGGAAUGUUAUGGGACUCUGUGAAAGCACAAACCCAGCUGUUUACACCUGUAGGUUGCAAUGGAAACCCUGCCUGUAGGUUGGACUGUGCACACCUGUGACCAGGAGGGAGACGGUGCGGGACUGUUGAAGGGCGCCGACACAAACACACAUGUCCACGACUUGUUUCAUGAAGAUGCGCAGGGCUUCCAGCAGUCCAGCCAGCCGUGGUGGAGGAUCAAAUUGUUUGUGUGGGAGCCAGUACUCUUCGGUACCUGGGAUGGAGUUUUCACCACGUGCAUGAUCAACAUCUUCGGUGUGGUGCUGUUCCUACGCACUGGCUACCUGGUGGGGAACACAGGUGUGCUGCUCGGGAUGCUGCUUGUCUCCUUGGUCGUGCUGGUUGCUUUAGUGACGGUGAUGUCGGGGAUUGGUGUGUGUGAGCACUGUGGUGUUGGGAGUGGAGGAGUCUACUCUAUGAUCUCCACCGUCCUGGGUGGAAGGUUGGGGGGCACCGUGGGCCUCCUUUAUGUGUUUGGACAGUGCGUAGCUGGAGCCAUGUACAUCACAGGUUUCUCUGAGUCGGUGGCGGAGGUGCUGGGCCUACAGGGCCAGUGGGUGGUGCGUGGCAUGUCGGCGGUGGUGCUGCUGGCGCUGCUCGGAAUCAAUCUGGCGGGGGUCAAGUGGAUCGUCCGACUCCAGCUGCUGCUGCUGGCUGUGCUGGCUGUCUCCACACUCGACUUUGUCAUUGGCACCUUCACACACCUCGACCCAGGCCAUGGCUUUAUUGGUUAUUCAGCCAGGCUGCUCAGCAGUAACUCAAUGCCAGAUUACAGCCCAGGAGAAAAUUUCUUCACAGUCUUUGGCGUCUUCUUCCCUGCUGCCACAGGGGUUAUGGCAGGCUUCAACAUGAGCUCAGACCUUCAGCGGCCUGAACACAACAUCCCUGUGGGAACGCUGGCAGCUGUCUUUACCUCGUGGUUCCUGUAUCUGGUCUUUGUCUUCCUCCUGGGGGCCAUCUGCACCAGAGAGGCUCUGCGCUAUGACUUCUUGAUAGCAGAAAAGGUCUCCUUGGUGGGUUUCCUCUUUCUGCUGGGCCUCUACAUCUCCUCCCUGGCUUCCUGCAUGGGCGGCCUGUAUGGAGCACCCAGGAUCCUCCAGUGCAUCGCCCAAGAGAGGGUCAUCCCUGCUCUGGCCUUCCUGGGAAGAGGGAAGGGCCCAAACAGGACUCCAGUGGCAGCUAUCUGUCUGACCAGCCUGCUGACCAUGGCCUUCAUUUUCAUCGGUCAGGUCAACGUGCUGGCCCCCAUCGUCAGCAUCAACUUCAUGCUCACCUACAGCUUCAUCGACUACUCCUACUUUAGUGUGGCCAUGACCUUCCAGCUGCAGACUAAGGAGAAGAGGGACCUCCUCAUCCCUGCCAAAACAAACCAAUGCAGAUCAACCAGGCAGAGCUAUGGGCCUCUGAUCGAGGCCACUGUCCAGGACUAUGGGACUGGAGGUGAGAGUUUGCAUGUUAAAGGCACUCUGUUGGAGUUUGCCAAGGACAUGAAUCAGAUCUUUCCCCUCACUUCAAAUGCUGAUGCUGGGGCCCAGAAGACUUCCUCUGUGCAAGAGCUGAGCGGUAGAUGCAAGGGCAGAAAGGCUAAUGUUACAACUAAGCAGAAGCUGAUGGACACCUUUGGCUUGGACCUCAACAGCAAUGUGUUCUCAGAAGAGAAAGGAGAGGAGAUGAGUUCGUCUCCACAACAAGAUGAGGUGCAGUGUGCAGUUGGGGAACCCAGGGCUGCAGAAGAACCGCAAAUCAAAUGCCGUUUAAAAAUACACCACACUGAGCAGGAUUCGUCAGCUGAACCUCUCAGUCCCAGCACAGGUUCUGGAAGUAAAGCAGAGCACCAGAGCUUUGAAAUCAAACCCAUUCACAAUUCAUUUUAUGCAAAGUUCUGCAACCACUGGGUUGCACUUCUCGGGGCAUUGAGCUCCAUAUUGAUUAUGUUUGUUAUCCAGUGGGUUUAUGCCUUAGCAAACAUAGUCGUUGCUAUGCUGCUCUUCCUCUACAUUGGGAAAACAAGUCCUGGACUGCCUUCAGGUAUUGCGGCUCAAUUCAGCUUCUUCACGUGGCUCAAAUCAGCACUGAAUAGCGUUUGCAGGAGGAAAGGGUCACCUCGGGAUGAGAUCAUAGUGACGCCUUCUCUGUCCGCCGUCGGGCUCAAAACCAAGCAGCUGACAGAAGAAAAUUCUGACUUUGCCUCUCGUCACCGCCACCACCAAUCCUCAUUCAUCAGGGCCGACACGAUGGUGCAACCAUCACUCCCCUGACUGACUUGAACACUGCCCAUCACAUGUCAUAGCUGUCACCCUGAAAUCACAUUUUCUGCCUCAAACCGUGCCUCAUGUUGACCCAUGGGCCACAUUCUGCACACAUAUUGUAUUUAACACAGUCGAUAAGUAGCUCAGAUCACUUCCCUGUGUUGUUUGGAGGGAAUCUGAGUUUCUGCUAGAGCUGGACUUUUUUCUUCCAUAAAAGUAAACUAUAAGGAAAAUACUUGAUUUUUAUUACUUUAACCUUGAGACUUUCCACUGUUAAAAGUUUUUGUUGUCUGAUUAGCCUACUGCUGGGUCACUCCUGUGAAGUCCAGCUGCUGUGAUGCUCAUGUGGCUUAAAUAUCCCGUGUACAUGUGACAAAAAAGGUUUAAUUAAAAUAUAUUAGUACACUUUUGCAUCUA